AUUACAUAAUUUUGUUACCCAAAUAUGUCAAUUCCCAGAAACAAAUACCCAGAGACCCUACUUUUUUGAAAGGAAAAAAAACCUCUGAUACCGAAGUUUCAACCCUAAUCGGAAAAUCCACUUUCUUUGCUGAACUUUCAAGGAGACGCGAACAAAGGAAGACGAACUUUCAAGGAGACACGAACAAAGGAAGUCGAUCUCCUUCCAGAGUUUAUCGCCAUCAUUCCAUUGUUUUAUUCUCAUUUCAUAUUCAGCUUUGGCUUAUAGUAUAAUGGCUUCCUGCCAAGAAAAAGACGAAUUCCGCUUCAGGGUUUUAGAAGGGUGCUAGUACGUGCCAUAUCUACAUACGAGGAACCAGUGAGAGUUGAGUGCGUCUAACAACGUUUCACCGGUUAUUGAGAAGAUCCUAUUCUGGAGGUAGGAGGCAGAGCGAGAAAGAAACCUGAAAAAUGCAGCCAGAUAUUAGAAAAUGGUUCGUGAAGCCACAUGACAAAUCAGAUGAUAAUGGCAAAGCACCAAAACCUGCAAAACCCACACUUGCGAUACCUGGAAAGGUGUCAACUGCUAAAGAUGCCUCACCUUCAUCACCCGUGAAAUCAUUACAAGGUGGUCAAGAAAGUUCUGGGAGGCGGAAAACCAGUAAAUACUUUGCCAGUGACAAACAAAACAAAGAAGAUCCAACAGAAGUCUCUGAAUUCACAGCAAAAAGAAAGGCAAAGAGUGAUGAUGUGAAACCUUCACCUGUAAAGAAGUCACGGAAAGUGGAUGAUGAUGAUGAUGACGACUUUGUAAUGCCUAAAACUGAAAAAAGCUCAGUUGAAACAACUCCUAGUAAGAAACUUAAGAGUGGUUCAGGUAAGGGGAUUCCCAAUGCAAGUGUGAAAGAAGAUGAUGUUGUGACAAGUCCUAAAUCUGCUGGAAGAGGUCGGGGUAGGGGUAGGACAGCUGGCGGAAGGGGGACAAAGUUGGAAAGUGAUGAGGGCAAUGCUGAUGAUGAUGAGGAUGCUAAGGAGGUUAAGUCUGCUGGCCGUGGUCGCGGUGGAAGGGGUGGUUCAGCGGCGGCAGGUGGUGGAAGAGGUGGUGGACGCGGUGGAUUCAUGGCUUAUGGUGAAAGAAAAGAUCCUCCCCACAAAGGAGAAAAGGAAGUUCCGGAAGGUUCUUCUGAGUGUUUAUCUGGUUUGACAUUUGUCAUCAGUGGAACACUCGACAGUUUGGAAAGAGAAGAAGCUGAAGAUUUGAUUAAACGAUAUGGUGGUCGUGUUACUGGAUCUGUCAGCAAGAAAACGAAUUAUCUUUUAUGCGAUGAAGAUAUUGGUGGAAGGAAAUCAGCAAAAGCAAAAGAGCUAGGUACUGGUUUUCUCACUGAGGAUGGAUUGUUUGACAUGAUUCGUGCAUCAAAUCGUUCAAAAUCCACCAAAAAAGAAGAUCCCAAGAAACAAGUGGACAAAAUAGCUACAUCUUCAAAAGCAAGCCCUAUUAAAGGAGGAAAUAAAAAGGAAGAAGUUCGUGAAUCUCCACAAAAGGGUAAAGCUACCACGCAUGCUAGUCCAGGUGUUGCUUCUUCCAUGCGGAAAAAACCAACAGUGGGCCAGUCUUCACUACCAUGGACAGAAAAGUACAAACCAAAGGUUCCAAAUGACAUCAUAGGGAAUCAGUCUCUAGUAAAGCAGCUUCAUGAUUGGUUGAUACAUUGGAAUGAUAAUUUCCUAAAUGGUGCCAGCAAGGCGAAGGGAAAGAAACAGAGCGACUCAGGGGCAAAGAAGGCAAUAUUGCUAAGUGGUACACCUGGCAUAGGGAAGACCACAUCAGCAAAGUUGGUUAGUCAGAUGCUUGGGUUCCAGACAAUUGAGGUUAAUGCCAGUGAUAGUCGUGGAAAAGCUGAUUCCAAAAUUGAAAAGGGAAUUGGUAGUAGCACUGCUAAUUCUGUUAAAGAGCUUGUGAGUAAUCAAUCUUUAAGUGUUGACUUUGACCGGUCAAAGCAUCCAAAGGCAGUGUUGAUUAUGGAUGAGGUUGAUGGUAUGUCUGCUGGCGAUAGAGAAAAGAUUCAAGUAAAUGAGGUGGCACUUGAGGAACUAGCUGAAAGAGUUAAUGGAGAUAUGCGUAUGGCUCUGAAUCAAUUACAAUACAUGAGUCUCUCAAUGUCUGUCAUUAAGUUUGAUGAUGUCAGACAACGCCUUCUUACUAGCUCUAAAGAUGAAGACAUUUCUCCGUUUACAGCAGUUGAUAAGUUGUUUGGUUACAAUGGUGGAAAGCUACGGAUGGAUGAACGGUUUGAUCUGAGCAUGAGUGAUAUGGAUUUAGUACCUCUUUUGAUUCAGGAAAACUAUAUAAACUACAGGCCAAGUACAGCUGGCAAAGAUGAGAAUGGUCUCAAGAGGUUGAACUUGAUUGCACGUGCUGCUGAUUCUAUUGCAAGUGGAGAUAUAAUCAAUGUACAAAUAAGAAGAUACCAAAAGUGGCAACUCUCUCAAAGUAGCUCACUUGUGUCAGCUAUAAUCCCGGCUGCUUUGCUACGUGGACAAAGGGAAACACUUGAACAGGGUGAACGAAACUUUAACAGAUUUGGGGGGUGGCUUGGAAAGAACUCUACCAUGGGAAAGAAUUAUAGGCUUCUUGAAGAUGCUCAUGUUCAUCUUUUAGCUUCUCUACAAUUCAAUUUGGGCAGGUCGACCCUGUGUCUCGAUUACAUGUCUCUUCUACUUAAGCACAUGACUGAUCCAUUGAAGACACUGCCAAAGGAUGAAGGUGUUGAAAAGGUUGUGGAGUUUAUGGAUGCAUACUCCAUUAGUCAGGAGGAUUUUGAGUCACUGAUGCUGAUGUCCAAGUUUCAGGGGCGACCUAAUUUACUUGAGGGUGUGCAACCUGCUGUGAAAGCUGCACUGACAAAGGCAUACAAUAAAGGAAGCAAGACACGAGUGAUACGAACAGCAGAUUUGAUCACACUUCCAGGCAUUAAAAAAGCUCCAAAGAAACGGGUUCAAGCAAUGCUAGAGCCAGUGGAUGUUGGUGAUGCAAUAGUGGAGAAUGAAGAAAACAACUCGGAUGAUGUUGAGGAUUUGGAAGGUGAUGCUGAGGAGGAAAAGCCUAAAGUGGACAUUGCAAGCCUCUCUUCAAAAGGAAUUCAAGUACAAGUGGAUGCAAAAAAGGCUUCAGGCUCAAAGAAGGCCCCUGCUGCAGGAGGAGGAGGCAGGGGAAGAGGGGGUGGUGCUGCUCCCAAACGGAAAAGAUGAAGGAUAGGUUUUUUGGUUUUGGUUUUGUGAAGUUAUCUGUUUUUGGUGUUUGUGGGUGAUGUGUUGUAAACAAUGAAAAAAUGUCUUGAGAGUUUUCAAGAUAUGCAAUCUUUGGUACGAGUUUGUUGUUUUGGAUGAUCCUAGUCUCUUUUUGCAAAGCUGAGGUUAUAAGUCGAUUAUAGUUCAAGUAGAUGAAUAAUUUAAGUAUAUAUAUAUAAUUAAAAUAAAGUUAUAGAAUCAUAUUAUAGAAGUAAGAAAAAUGAUUCACCUGAGAUAAAAAAUUCAAUAUGGUAUUGUAUGAGCCUAUGAGGACUUCUAGACAUUCAUUGCAGUAUGAUGAUUCAUAUUUCAUUUAAUGAUUAUAUUUACUGUUUGUAAGC